AUGGCGUGCUGCGGUCCGUGUGGUCCAUGUAGCCCCUGUGGCCCCUGUGGCCCUUGUGGACCUUGUGGACCUUGUGGUCCAUCCUGUGGACCUUGUGGACCCUGUGGUCCGUGCUGUGGGCCUUGCAGACCUUGUUGCGGUCCUUGCAGUCCGUGUUGUGGACCCUGCGGCCCCCGAAAUUGUGGGCCAUGCUGUGGUCCAUGUGGGCCGUGCUGUGGCCCGUGCGGACCUUGUGGACCCUGUAAUCCUUGCUGUCGACCCUGUUGCGGUCCCUGUGGCCCCUGUUCACCGUGUGGUCCCUGCUGA